CGUAAUCGAAGAAAUGUCAGACACCAAACUGGAUAAACCUUUUAGCCCGGAUUUUGCGAACAUAGCUUACCGAGAGGCAGACGGAUCGAUAUCUGGAGUGUUAGCGGUUGCUACAGACGUAACGGCACAAGUUACUGCCAGAAAAAAAAUUGAAGAAGCUGAGAAAUUUUUAGCAGGAGCGAUUGAACUCGCACAGCUAGGAACAUGGACACUUGAUCUUAAAACACGAAUUCUUGAUUAUGAUAAUCGGUUAAGAAAGUGGUUCGGUUUUUCAGAAGAAGAAAUUAUUGAUGUUGAUAGAGCCUAUAUGCCAAUCUCAGAACAAGACCGGUCACGUGUCAGAGAAUCCAUGUUACAUGCCAUCACUCCCGGAACAGAUGGAGUUUAUGAUAUAGAAUAUCACGUAAAAAAUCUUGUAGAUGGUUCUGUGCGAAUUGUGCAUGCAUUAGGAAAAGCUUACUGUAACGAAAAUAAUGAGAUAGUAAAAGUUACCGGAACAGCUCAGGACGUUACCAUUUAUCGAAAUUUAGAAUUAGAACUCAAAUCACAAGUUCAAGCGCGCACAGAAGAGCUGGCUGCUUCCAAUGAAGAGUUACAAGCCAUUAAUGAAGAGGUAGCUGCCACUAACGAAGAAUUGGAGGAGUCGAAUAUAAAACUUCAAAAUUUGAACGGAGAAUUGGAGCAGUUCGCAUACAUUGCAUCACAUGAUUUGCAAGAGCC